CACUGGCGCGAGUGAGACUACAGAGAGGAGAGAGAAUGCGGCAGAAGGAGGGAGCAGACUGUCAGUGGCCGACUCUGGGAGAGAGGGAUAGAGACGGAUUCUCACUUCUUUUUUCUGGCUCUUCCCUGCUUCCUUUGCCUGCACUUGUUCUGUCUUUGCUUUCACUCCGCACUCAUCUGCUUUCAGCCUCUUUGUCUCUCUUUCUUUGCUGCUACUCACUGUUUUUCUCCCUGCAGUCUUUAUUCUUCUGUCCUACAUUCUGACUUGCUACUAUCUGUCUGUCCUCCUCUUCCUCACCUAUGGCUACCUGACGGUGAGCUUCCCCCUCUGCCGUCCUUCUCUCUUUUUCACCACCAUCCCUCUUUCUUUCUUCUUCCUCAGUCUCUUCCCUUCUUUACUUCGAUCUGUCUUCCCCUUUGCACCUGUCUGUCAUCUAUCCUUUGUCUUUCGGUGUGAGGAUGCCAGUGCUGGAGGGGCUCUGGGGCCCAGAUCUUAGGAUGCGAGACUCCAGUCUUGGGGUCGAAGUCGGGGUAUGUCCAGACGAGGCUCCUCACUCGCCGGUUUGGGGGCCUCUCAGGACACCACCUAUUACCUGCGGGGGUCUGUCGCUGGCCCUAGAGCUCCCUGCUCUCAUACGGCAGCUCAGGGCAGCCUGGAGAGCCCGCAGGGGAGGCCCUCGGGGGCCCGAGGGAAGUCAGGCAAGCACCUGGGUGGAAUCAGAGAAGGAAGAGGUAGAAGAGGUAGAAGAGGUGAAGCUUGACAUAGAGGACAGGAGCGCUCAGCUGGAAGCUGAUUGCAGACUGAACACUGGUCAUGCUGGUGUGUUGCUGGUCGAGAGACGAGGCUCCUACCCGCUGAUUGACCUGCGAAUCCUCAAAACCAGUGCCCAGCAGGGGGAGGUAGAGGCUGGCACCAGGAGAAAGGUGAAGCGUCUGCUGAGUUUUCAGAGAUACUGCCACGCUUCCAGGCUGCUCAGAGGGCUGGUGCCCCACACCCCCGGGUCACUGCACCUACUGGACGACGACUACCUGGGACAAGCUGCACACAUGCUAUCAAAAGUCGGCACAUGGAACUUUGACAUCUUCCUCUUUGAUCGUCUUACGAAUGGUAACAGUCUGGUGACUCUGAUGUGCCAUCUCUUCAAUGUCUACGGCCUCAUUCACCACUUCGAGCUGGACAUGGUCAAACUGCACAGGUUUCUUGGCAUGGUGCAAGAGGACUACCACUCCCAGAAUCCCUAUCACAAUGCUGUUCAUGCUGCUGAUGUCACCCAGGCCAUGUACUGCUACCUGAAGGAGCCCAAGCUGGCAGAGCAGCUGAGUCCUCUGGACGUGUUCCUUGGUCUCAUGGCAGCAGCCGCCCACGACGUGGACCAUCCCGGAGUCAACCAGCCCUUCCUCAUCAAGACCAGACACCACCUGGCCUCCCUCUACCAGAACACGUCUGUGCUGGAGAGUCACCACUGGAGGUCCACUGUGGGCAUGCUGCGAGAGUCAGGACUGCUGUCACACCUGCCGGCUGACAUGUCGCAGGACAUGGAACAGCAGCUGGGCUCUCUCAUCCUGGCGACAGACAUCAGCCGGCAGAAUGAGUUCCUGUCGACCUUCAGAGAACAUCUGGACAACCAGGACCUGGACCUUCAGCUGGCUUCACACAGGCACUUUAUACUGCAGAUUGCUCUGAAGUGUGCAGACGUCUGUAAUCCAUGUCGGGUUUGGGAGCUGAGCAGACAGUGGAGUGAGAGGGUGUGUGAGGAGUUCUACAGACAGGGUGACCUGGAGAGAAAGUUUGACUUGGAGAUCAGUCCUCUGUGUAACCAGCAGGCUGACUCCGUCCCAGCCAUUCAGAUAGGGUUCAUCUCCUACAUCGUGGAGCCUCUGUUCGAAGAGUGGCACCGCUUCACCGAGCCCAGCCCGCUCAGCCAGACCAUGAUUGGUCACCUGCACAAGAACAAGGCACGCUGGAGCCGCCUACGAUACGCACGCACACCCUCAGACACGCAAACACACCCCGACGCCGAGGAGCCCGAAGGGGGAGGAAGAGAGGGGGAAGACAUCCCUUAAUCUCGCUCUUGUCUCUCAAGGCAUUUGAUCUUCCUUUGUAAACGGAGGAGAGGAGUGUUAAUCCACCUCCUUGUUUGUCCUCCAGCAGAUUUUCUCCCACUGCUGGUUGUUCACAGGCUCUGAAAGCGGGAGCACUGGAUGGGAGGAGAAAUGGCUCCCUCUGCUGGAGCGGAAGAUUGUAGCCCUGCAGGGUGGAAAUAAAAGAAGACGGAGAGAUAUUCAUGGUAAAGCUUAUGAUGGAUAAUCUUAGUAAAUAUAUGCCAAUUGGACAAAGUCAUGCCUUGCUCUUUAACCCAGUGAUACCUGCUUCAAAGUGUCUGAGGAAAGCAGGGAUUAAAAGGUUACAGCUGACGGCAGUAGAGGGAUCAGUGAAGAGACAUGCUGUGUUUGCACAAUGCUGCUAGAACAAUAAAGAAGCCAAAUUCUAUACAGCUGGACUGUGCCGGGAAGAUAUAUGAAAAGGUAUAUGAAAGAAAUGAAUAUAUCCACUAUACUAUGCUUUUUAAACUUUUAGACUGUAUUAAGCUCUUUUCACUUUUCUUCUUUUUGUACAGCUUGCACUUCUCUUGGAUGCUCUUUCGUACAAGUGUCUCACUUGUCUACUUUUCACUGAAGUGCGUUUUUAACUCACUAAGUUGGUUAUGUCACGGUACUGUAAACUGUACGAUGUAUUCUGUUUUAACUGUGUAACCUGUUUGACUGACUGACCGAUACCAUUAUUGACUGACACAAAGAGUUGCUUUUACGCUGAUAUCACCUGUCAGCUGGAUGUUUUCAGACUCAUGGAGAACACAAACCGGGGCCAUGUUUUUUUAAAGUGUUUGUGUUCAUGUAAUGAUAUAGAAGAGUAUAAUCUGUACAUACUGUGACGUACGACCUCAGCACUUCACAUGCCAAAAUCUCAGCAAUGUACAAACCUUUUUACUGGGUAUGGAUAUUGGGAAAUACAACCCUCACACUGCUAUUACCUUUGUAACAACUUACCGGGUGCAUUUAUUUAUCUGGAAACCUCACUUUACGAGCUCAUAUACAACAAAGCCUUAACAGCAACCUGGUCUGUCUGUGAAACACGUUUUUUAACGGUGUUGUGACAUUUUCUGGACAAGCUUUCCUACAGUCUCUGCCUGUUUUUUCUUCAGCCAUACCAGCAUACUGAAACACACACUGGUAGGACUGUAGCAACUUGCUUCCUGUUCGAUCUUUCACCCAGUGUCAGGGUCAGGUUGGGUCGUACGCCCACUGAGCAAUGCCAAGGUGCAAAUGUACUGUUCUGAUACGUCGACUCACUCCUCUGUUACCUCUCUGAAGCUUUUGUAUUACUUUGUUUUUACACUUGCUGCAGGCACUGUGUGCACUGCAUCUUAUGUCACACACUUGGGCCAGUUAGUAAUUCCAGAUACCUCUACUUUCAAUACUCAAUCCCCGUGACCCCAUAAUGCAAAAUUACCACAGUAACUUUGGUGUUUUUCAACCUGGACCCUAUUUUCCUGUGUUUUUGUGUCUAAGUGACUAAUGGGAACAACAGUUUUUCAAAUUGGUCCAGUAUUGAGUGAGACUGCUGCCAGGCUGCAAUGUAACGACUCAGGGCGCUGUCAGUAAAGAGCUUGUUUUUGCCACUGACAGGCUCAGAUUGUCAUAAGUGUCUGACAAUGAUAUGGAAAGGAUCCCUACAGAGAUAGACCUUUUGUUUAAGCAGAGACCGCCCUGAAAUCGCCAUCGCCAAACCCACCAGACUCCAUUUAAAUAAACAGUAAUUUUAUCGUGUAUAAAGUCAGCAUAUUUGCACGUCUAACUGGGUGAAUUACGGGUUUAUUUCAACCAAACCAGAGUUGGUGAUUGUUGGCACAGUCGAAAGACGAACCAAGGUGGUUUUUGUGAGCUUUAUUUUGUUUCUGUCAUUUUCAAAUGAAGUGUGUUUUAUGAUGAUUAUAAUCACUUUUUGUUUCAAUGGAGUCUGGUUGGUUUGUCAAUAGUGAUGUUGGGGCUGGUUAAAUUAAAAAAGCUCUUUCUCUGUAGGGAUCCUUACCAUAAUGUUGUCAGACACUUAGUAACAAUUUGAGCCUGUCAGUGGCAAAAACAAGCACUUGUAGUGGACAUAAAUCAUCCAUCCAUCCAUCCAUUUUCUGCCGCUUAUUCAAGGCUGGGUCGCAGGGGCAGCAGGUAGCAGGUAGCAUUUCACAGCUGAUGCCUGCAUCGCUGCCGCUCAAGACUGGACUGGAGUUACCCUUAAAGUCAUGACACAGUAUGCGAAUAGUACAAAAUGUAUCAAUUGGAAUAAAAAAGCAGUUAAUUUUAAUUCAUGUAGGCUACUAAAUGGUUCAUUUGUAUUUGAAUUUUUAUUUAUAUAGUAAAAACAAACAAUACUUAAGGUCUAUGCGUCAAUACUAUCUUGAAACCCAAAAUAUCCCGAUAUAAUGCUGUAUCAGUUUUUCUUUUGUCUCCCGCCCUUAUCCUGACGAAAGUAUUACAACAAUUAAGAAAACUGUAUACCAUCAUUCAUUGUACAUGAAAAAUAGGUACAAUUCAUCAUCUACAAUCGUAUUUAUAAAUCUAUAAUCUCAGUGGUGAAACUGAACCAUAUGGGGUUGAUCUAAGCUAAAACAAAGUAUACAAAGACUUUGUAAAUACUAGUUGGUCCAAGUGUAAGAUGUACUGAUGUAAAACAUUUUUUUUACCUCUCCACUCUGUACAUGUGUAGAUAAAGUCAUGUUUAAGAUUCCUGUCUGGCAUGGUCAAGGCUGUGUACUGUACACGGUGCUAACAGAGGCCCAGGCCCCACGUCUUCCCUGAGAGCUUUACGAUUCGAAGAACACAGUAUAUUCAACAUAGAUUGUAUUCUAUAAGAUUAUCACAGAUAUAUUGACAAACUAUGUUCGUAAAAAGUGUAAAAACGAUGAUAUAACAAUGAAUUUCUUCAAGAGUUUUUAAGCCUUUUAUACGAGGUACAGUGCAAUAAAGUGAAGUCACUGGCCAAGUUGUAAGAAAGUGGCCAUAUUCAUGUUUAUCUAUAGUUCUGGUAAUUAAUAAGUACAUCUUUAAUGUCUUUACUGUAGCACUGCAUUGGCUUUGCUGAAACUCCCACUGUAUGUACGCUGCUGUAUUGUCUAAAGUUCACACUGUUUCACUGUUGUUGACGCCUCUGCUGUGACGGGGAAUCACAGACUGUCUCACAGGACUUGCGUAGCAGCGGUUACUGAGAACGAACUUAGAACGUCACUACCUAAAACGGCAGUAUUUUAUAAUUUGUGAGUCACAUUGCUGCCGUAGUUUAGACAUACUGUGGUCGAGACAGGAGGCCUCAGGCUGCCUUGUGUUACUAUACCUCUUAGAAUCAGCACUGAUACAGGGUCUCUGAGCCGCACAGGGUUCACUUACAAGUACAAAUAUGUAGAACUGAAUGUGUUUAGUAAAGGUUUUUAUGCCAGAAUGACUAUUAUAACAGAUUAAUAAUUAAAAAGAAGUUAGUCUCAUGAAAGUGUUUAAUUUCGUGGGGUGGUAAAAAUCAUUUCUUUAUGUCCACCUGGUAUUGUAUCUAUACACUAAUCAGUCAAAACAUUAAAACCCCUGACAGGUGAAGUGAACAAUAUUGAUCAUUUUGUUACAAUGAAAUGUUCUGCUGGAAAACCUUUGGUCCUGGUGUAUAUCUGGAUGCUACUUGAUGCACUCAACUCACCCAAACACUGUUGCAGACCAAGAAAACCCCCUCACUGCAAAAACUGCUCAGGACUGACCUAAGGAACGUCAUAAAGAGUCCAAGGCAUCAACCUGGCCUCCAAGUUCCCCAGAUCCCAAUCUGAUUGAGUAUUCGUGGGACAUGCCAAUACCCCAGAUGUACCCCCAUCCACAGUGGGGCCUCUACAGAUUAGACAUAUCUCUGACAUGUCAAAGUACGGACACAGGAAGUCUAGGGAUGCCCCGUUGUGUCUGGCACCAAGGUCUUCACGGCAGAUCCUUUGAGUCCUGUGUGUUGCGAGGUGACGUACCAGCAUACCCCAAGGAUGUUUGAUCAGAUUUGGAUCUGGGGAAUUUGGAGGCCAGGUCAAGACCUUAAGCUCUUUGUCAUGUUCCUUGGAUCAUUCCUGAGCAGUUUUUGUGGGGUGGUAUGACACAUUGUCCUGCUAGGAGGGCGCUACUGCCAUUGGGGAAUGAUGUUGCCAUGUGGGGGCUUACUUGGUCCACAGUGGGUGGCAUCCACAUGAAUGCUAGGACCCCAAGUUUCCCAGUAGAACAUUGCACUGUAACAAGAUGAUCAAUGUUAUUUACUUCACCGCUCAGUGGUUUUAAUUUUUCGGCUGAUCAGUGUACAGUACAGUAGCUGUUGUUAUGAGAUGGGACGCAAAAAACUAACAAAAUUUACAAGAGCUAUUAACAUGUCUGUAAACUGAACAUUUUAUGCAUGUGCGUUGAAGCACUGUAACCACUGUGUUCAGCUAACUAUUUCUGUGGUGCAUUUACACCCCAGAUUUAACUGUAUUGUUCAUUGGUAUAUCCUUUGUAUCAACAUAUAGUAUAGUCAUUUGCCAGAGCAGAUGGUUUGAAUGAUUGUCAUCCCAGUGCCCAACACUCAAGUAAGUUGAAAAUAUCUUUUUUUUGGAGGGCCGAAGUGGGUUCAAGUCUAAUGCCACUGAUAACUGCAGUUUUUUUCUGUAUUUUGUUAAGUUGAUUUACCGUGAUCGACACAGAGGCUGAUGCGCUGCGUUUAAAAAUGAGCAUGCCCACUAUGGGAAAAACAAUCUCACCACAAGGUCCAUUUAGUUGUGACUCUGGAGCUUUCAAUCACAUUACAUUGUUUUGAGGAUCCCAGAAAGAUGUUCAAAUUUCUCUGAAUACUUAAAGAACUUCUUGUCAGUGUUUCUUUAAAAGCUCAAAGGUCAUUCUUGACCAACAGUUGAGAAAUAUCUGUCACCACAAGGUCCAUUUAGUAGCUGUUUUUUAGAGCUUCCAAUCAUACGGCAUCGUUCAUCAGCACGUUUAUUCUGCCCAGCCGUCUUCGAAUUGUAGGUGUUCAGAUUUUCAUUCUGUCUGAGCACAGACAACUACAGUACAUGCUAACUACCUGAAAGGCACAGUUCACACCAAAAUCAAAAGUACAUAUUUUUCCUGUUACCUGUAGUGCUAUUAAUAAGUGUAGACUGUUUUGGUGUGAGUUGCAGAGUGUUGGAGAUAUUGGCCAUAGAGAUGUCUGCCUUCUCCCCAAUAUAAUAGAACUAGAUGGCACUCAGCUUGUGGUGCUCAAAGCACCCAAAUAAAUACAUUGGGAAGACUUGACAGCAACGUCUAUUUCCAGAAAUCAUGACCAUGUAUUUAAGAUAAUCCACAGACCUUGUUGUGAGCAGUUUCAUGUAGGAACUACUUUCUUUUUUACCGAACUACACCCUCCAAUGGUAUCACCGCGCAGAAGGAAGUGUGCAUCUACUCAUGGACAAGAGCGGGACGUAACAUUAACUAGGUCCGUGGUCCAAGGAAAGUGAGAAACAGAUGCACAUUUAGUGUAUGUUUAGUGAUACGAUUGGUGGAUGUAGUUUGAAUGAAUGAAUGACUUUAUUUCAAACCAAAAACAUAAUAAAAAAACAAGACAAAGAUAACAGCUUCUGAAAAGCAGUAGGUCGAAGUAACUUAAGUCGCUACCUCUUUCUUACAUUUUUUUAAUUCGUACAUUAUUUCAACAAAUUCCUGAAUUUAUUUGCAACUAAUAAACAACUAUCCCCAGUCUAUUACCACCCAGUUAAAUAAAUAAGUAACAAACACAGUUUAUUUGCAGUCCAAGUACCACCCAGUGUUACAAAAUAAAUAUGCACUUCCCUAACAAAACUUUUCCUUGUCUAUAUAUCUGCCAAAAAUAUUAUUUUGGUAUAGGUUUUUAAAUUGAUUUAUAUUUGUGCUUUGUAUCAACUCAAAUUUGACCAGAUCUAAAAAUUUCAAUGCACGUGACUUUAAAAACAGUGCAUUCAUGCGUUCCCUGCGGUCUGUGGAUUAUCUUGAGUAACCGGGUCAUGAUUUCUGGAAAGAGACAUUGCUGUUGAGUUAUUUAAAUGUAUUUUUUGGCACUUUGAGCACCACAAGCUGAGUGCCAUCUAGUUCCAUUAUACUGGAGAGAAGGCAGACAUCUCUACGGCUGAUAUCUCCAACACUCUGCAACUCACACCAAAACACUCUGGACUGAUAAAUGGCGCCAAAAAUAAGAGGAAAAAUAUGUCGAUUUGAUUCUGGGGUGAACUGUCCCUUUAAGGAAAAAUGUCUUAAGGUAAUCUUCUGCUUAAUAAUUACCAGAUAAUGUUUGAAUGAAAUUUUUCAAAUGAAGCCUAUGAUGUCGAAAACUUAAUACUCGUACUGGUGAGUUAUUAGAGAUGUUUGCCAUCUGACUUUUUGACUGUAUAUUUCUGUUCUGACAACCAACCUCUGAGCACUGUGAACAAUGAAAUAAAUGUUUUUCAAUUGACAUCCAAUGUGUCAGACACUGCAUGUACUGUAUGUUUGUGUGUGUUGAAACUCUCCAAAUCUCCAAAGAAAAUGUUUGACCACU